AUGCAUUUUACAAGUAGCCUACUAGCCACCUUGAUAUGGUUUACAUUACCGGUUCAAAGUUUGAAUACUGAAUCUAGGACAACUUCAAAUAACACAAUAUCAAUACUUACAAACCAUUUUCAAAUACUAAAGGAUUUGCUACCAUAUAGCAAAACUUCUAAACCGCAAAUCAAGGAAUCCAGACCGUUGAUUAAAGUUCUGAGAGAUGGAGUGCCAAUAAAUUUCCACAGGGCUCCGGCUAUAAUAAUGAAAUCGAACAAAACAGACGAUUUAGUCAGGAAUAGCAAUAAAACAAUGGUGCUAACUGAAAUAAAAACGAUUACUGAAUUUGCAACUACCACUGUUUCCCCUACACAAGAAUUUCAAGCACUACAGAUAAACCUUAACACGUUAUCAAUAGAGACUUCAACACCAACAUUCCAAUCCCAUGACUUUCCACCGAUUACCAUUGAAGACACACCCAAAACACUAGAACCAGAAGAAUCGUCAGAUGCUUUGCAGAGGGAUGCAUUUGAUCAAAUUAAGAAACUAGAAAAAUUGGUAUUGGAUUUGAGACUUGAAAUGAAAGAGCAACAAAAGAGUUUCAACGAUCAAUUAGUGGAUAUAUAUACCGCAAGAAGUAUUGUUCCAAUUUAUACUACACAUAUCGUCACUUCGGCGAUUCCAUCGUAUGUACCAAAAGAAGAAGUAAUGGUUUCACAUGAUAGUGCACCAAUUGUAAGUCGUCCUAGAACAGAUAUUCCAGUAUCUCAACGAAUUGAUACUAUCUCAAAACAUAAAAUGAAUGGAAAAAAUAUAUUGAACAACAAUCCUCCGCCCAAUUCAGUUUUAAUAGUUCCUCAGUUUCAGUUCCAUGAAAGAAUGGCCACCAAAACCGAAGUAGCUUAUAUGAAACCAAAAAUUGUCUGGACCAACUUUCCAACCACUACUGCAACGUCAAUGUUUGACAAUUUUAUUUUAAAAAAUCUUGUUGACGAAACGGAUUCUGAAAUUGAUAGUGGUGAAACUGAAUUGUCUGACGAUUAUUAUUACUAUUAUAGUUACGAAGAUGAUGGUAAAGAAGACGAUAGUGAUGAGAUUACGGCUCAAAUACUAUUAUCCAAUUCAGAAUUAGGCACGAAGACGCCAAAUUUUGAGGAUCCUUUUGAACAAAUCAAUAUUGAAGACAAUAAAGUAAUAUCUGUUAAUACACCAAAGACAAAGAAACCUACUACAACAGUAUUUGGCACUUCUACUAGUGCAUUAUCAACUUUUGAAAGUACAAUAUUUGAAAUUCCCAAAUUCUUUUAUGGUAGCAGAAGAAAACAACCGAGCUCAUUCAAAAAUAAGAACAGUACAAUCAAAUUUGAUGUGUUUGAUUGGAUAUUUGAAAGUGGUACUACCAAUGAGAAAGUACAUGGAUUAGUGUUGGUGUCUAGUGGUGUUCUACUAGGAACUUGUCUAUUGUUCAUUUUGUAG